AUGGAGGACGACGACGAAAUUCAGGUGGUGGAGGUUACGGUAUGCCGUUCUUCUUUGCCUAGGAAGAAACGUAAACGAGAAGAGUCACCACCAAAAGAUGCAAUUAUUCUCUGUAGUGACGAAAAUAUUCUCCACAAAUUAGCUCAGCUAAGAAGGAGGCUUGAAUUUUGUGAAAAAGAGAAACAAGUACUUUCUGAAAGGGUUGCAGAACUUGAGGAACAGCUAACAGAAGAACAACGUCAUGAACUUGAAGUCAAGUUGGAAACGUCUGAAAAACACAUACCUCUUAUUUGUGUUGGUGACAACAGUGAAGAUGAUGACAUCAUAUUUAUUUUGCCUGAGGACUAUUCUCCCAGAAAGAGAUUGAAAAUUGACCAUGAAAAGAAAGCUCAUAGGAUUGGUGACCAAGAUAACCAGGCUAAAAAAGACCUAGCCAUUACUUACUACAAACCUGGUACAAACCUACCACAUGCCAGGGAAAACUGUACAGCUCACAAGUUUGUUCAGAGCAAUGUAACUACAGCAACAGUAUCAUGUAAUGAGAACUAUUGUGAGCAGUGCUAUUGUUAUGUAUGUGAUGCUAAUGUGAAAGAGUGUAAUUCCUGGAAGACUGGCACUAAUCCUCAUUGCAAUGCAUACUCUAAGAAUGCGUUUUGGGAAAAACUUCGAAAGAUGGCAAAGAGAAAAGUGAGCUCUGUACAGGAUUCAUUGCUGAAGUGUUUGCCUGCUAAUGAGCAAUCAAAGUUAUUGCUAGAAGCAGCGGAAAUGGUCACAGAACUCUUAGAGAACCUGAAAGACAAACUUUCAGACUCAUCAAGUGGCUAUAGUUCAAGGUCGUCCAGUCCCAGUUGUGAUUGUGAUUGUCAUUAUGACAGUUGUGGAAGUUAUGACAGCCAAGGGUGUGAGGAGUGUUAUGACUACCAUGAAGAAAGAUCGUGCAGUUUUGGUGGAUAUUGGUCUUUUGGUGGAAUGCAUCUGUCAAGGUUUGACUUUAAUCUAAUUGACAACGUUGAGAGUACAGUGAAAAAAGCCAGAGACUUUCUUGAUGAUAACCAGCCUGGACCAGCAGCUAUUGUGCUUGAUGCUUUAACAGUUGUUCUUUUACCAGCAGACAGUGAGAGGUUCCCAUCAAGCCAAGUUAUGACAGCGAUUAAAAGGCUGCAGAAGGCUUGGAUUCAAGUGUUUAUGCAUCCUGACUUGCCUAAAAAUAUUGAAGAAAAAGUUAGGGAACGUUUAAAGAAUGCUGUUGAUGGGGCUCAGAUUUGCUCACCAGAGAGCACAGGCCUCAAUGUGAUUCUUGAAAUGAGGAAAUGGGAUGAUACUUUACUUCUUAGAUGUUUCAAUGGGAAAUUAAAGAGCUUCAUGAGAGAAGAUGAGGAAGUGGUUGAAGCUCGACUAUCCUUCCUGGAAAAGAACCAAAGGUUUUCUGAUGCAUUAUCUUACAUGCUGAGUUGUAAGACAUUGGAAAAGAACCACAGUGCUUCUUAUUAUGGCUUUGGAGGUGCUGUACCCUCCACUACUGAAAAGUGCGUGGUAAACAUUACCCACUACAAAAAGAAAUUUGUGCUUUUACUAGCAAAGGCAGGGAAAGUGGAACAAGCUCUUAAUGUGCUGAAUUUUCCAGUCUCAGGGGACAUUCCUGUCAGCAUUUUGUCCAACACAGGUUUUAAAGAUACAAGAGGCACAACACCUUUAACACAAUGUACCCUUGCAAUAAUUGAUUUUGCAACAACUAAAAAGCUCUUAAUUGCCAUGGUAAAUGAAAACAGUUCUGUGGAGGCAGGGAAGAUUCCUUCACCAUCCAGCAUUCCAGAAGAGAAACUGAAAAAGGUGUUAGCAUUUAUAAUGACAGCAACGCAAGUGAAUUCUAAUCUUCGCAAUGAACAGGCCUUUGAGUGGUUUAUUAACACAUUCUGCGAGUCAUCCAUUAUCAACAAGUGUUCUCCAGAAGAAAAUCAGGAAGUAAUCAAAGCUGCUGGGGAGAUUGUAAACAAAGCUAAACAGGAGUUUCUGUCACACCUUGAGGUCAAACCCCCUGAAGGUGUCUCUCUAAAGGUAUUUGUUGUGGAACUGUUUGCAUCUGUUGUUGCCAAUCUCUAUGUCACCAACAACUGCUAUCCAUACUUUCCAAUUAGUCACACCUUGGAGUUGUUCAAGAAAAAGGACUUGUUGUGGGCUUGUGUCUCAGUGGUGCUCUCACCAGUUCUCACCAACAAAAUCAAUGGUCAAAUACUGAAUUUUAUGCAAGCAAAUGUUAUCAAAACACUUGGAAGUCAGUGUAUUCCAUAUGAUGUCUACAAGAGCUGGAUAAAAAAACAGGUCGACAUUGGGGGAAUUGAGAGGAAUUAUGAGAUUGCCUUGCUUAUGUUAAAAGAAGGUCGUCUCUUAAAAAAAUGUCAAGAAGGCUCAUCAAUACGCAAGAAAGCUGUGUCGCUUGUCAAGACACUCAUUAAGACUGUUGAUGCCUUGCUGAGCAAGAAUGGUAGCUCUAAUGGGAAGGACAGACUGUGUGUAGUACUCAAGAAGAUCAAGAACGAUUUUGCCAAGGAGAUUGUUAAGUGUGGAUUAGAUUCUUUAGAAGGAAAGUUGAUGGGGUUGAUUUUUAAAAAUGAUCCAAGCUUUGAGAAUUUUGAAGAUGUCAGGAAGGCUUGUGGAGAUGAAAAGUGGCCAUCUAUAAAAUCAGAAAUGAUGGACUUUCUCAAGAAGCACCUCUCAAGCAGGUCUCACGCUGCAUGUUGUGUCGAGGUGUUUGGUAGAUAUGGUAUGUACGAUGAAGUAAAACAAACCCUUGCUGCAGUUGGUUCCUCAAAUGUUUCCAGUAUCUGUGAAAAGAUUAAAGUGACUUUGCUAAAGUUAGAGAAACCUGACGAAGCGUGCCAGUUUGCAGAUGCAUGUUGUGACUGGUUGAGUAAAACACUAUGCGAUGUUGCAUUCUCCAGCUGGCGAUAUAGCUUUAACAAUUUGCCUGAUUCGGUCGUUUCUUGUGUCAAAGCGAUUGCUGCCUUCAAACAACAGACUUCCAAUAACAUUCUGACAGCAGCGAUGCGUCAUACGUCUGAGUACUUUAGUCGAAAUACAGUCCAACACAAACAUCGUUGCUAUCUUGAACGUUGGCUCAGUGAAAUCAAGGGACUGUUUGGAAAAUGUGAGCUGACCGCGUGGAGCUGGGCCUUUCAUGAGCUUACAACGGGACCGCUGAAACGAAAGUCUGCAGUGAUUAAGCACUUGAUGAACAGUACCUCUUUGCAGUCGGGAACCCUCACUUAUAAUCAAUUGCGUUUGAUGCAAACUAAAGCUAAGGUAAACACCGCAUCUAAAGACAAAAAUACACCUGCACAUGCGCAAGGAAAAGUUCAGAAAAGGUCAGGUUGUGAAACCCAGGCAUCUGCUACGUCAACCGUACAAAAGAACGUGUCAGGAGGUUCCUUUGUGCCUUUAACCAGCGGAAAACAGGCUCAAGGGAGUGCGCAAGAGAGAGCUAUGAAUGCACCAGGAUGUGGAACCCAGGGCCUUUUGGCUGCUACAGCUUCAUCGCAGUUUGUCAAUUCAGCUCAGGGCAAUGCUCUAUCUGCCAAAAAGGGUACUGUUGGUGUCCCUGCGGUCGCAAUUGCGAACGAAAAUGUCGCGUCCCUGCCCGGAUCAAAAGCAUCCAUGUUCGUGGCAAUCGCUCCAAUGUCAUCAGCCUCUCCAUGAGUCAGUACCCCUUCAACAAUCCAAACUGUCUCAGGUCCUUCCUCUGGUAAGAAGCUUGGUAACCGUGCCAUCUCCUGGACCAAAUAAUUCUUCAGCGGUGAUUUUCACCGCGUAGUGAUUCGUGGCUGACUGCAUUUCGUCUACAGAAUUUGAUUGUGAGACUGAAUGAACUGAGGUUUGGUAAAUUUAAAAAUAUUCUUGAAAAUACCGCAGAAUAUUACUCAUGAUUUCUCAGUUUUCCAACGAUAGACAACAGAUAAAUCAAAUUUGUUAUGUUACACGUUUUCGGUUGAAGUUGUAGAGCUCAAGUUGCCAAAUGAAAAAUCAGAUUCAAUAAGUGAUGUUUGUCUAAGGUUUACCAUUGGAAAAUAAUUUCACGGGAAUAAUUUUAUUGAAUUCGGGUAAAAUUAUCCAUGUAAAUACUUUCACCAAGUUUUCGUCGAAUUGAAGUUAAAAAGAGUAGGUAUUUUCCCUUCUCACGGGAUAAGGAAGCAAUAAUUUUAUAUUUUGCAAGGCAAGGGUCAUUAGAGAAGUUUGAGGGUUGGUUUGAUUUAACCCUUUAACUCCCAGUUCAAAUUUGUCAUUCUCUUUACUGUCAACCAUACAAUUCUUGUAAUGUUAGUUAAGAGAAUUUCGUACUGGAUCAACUAAUUAUCUCCAAAUUGAUAUUUUUCUUUAUUCUCGUCACUUAUCUGGUUGAUAUUGUAUCGAUACUGUAAGGAGAAAUUCUUUUUUGGUCACUCGUGGGAGUUAAAGGGUUAAGUAGAAAAGGGAUACAGGGGAAGAUUGGGCGAAAGAAAGUCUGAGGAGUGGGCAGCUAAAAAUGAUAACAAUGCACACUGCUCUGGCCUCCUUCAACUCUUCCCGAUUUCCUUCAGUUUGGAAAUUCCCAUCUACUUAUCACAAUUUAAUGACCCAAGUUCAUGCACAGAAAAGUAUCUGAAUUUUUAUUUGUUCUGGGCAUGUCGUUACAGUUGAAAUAAAUCGUUUGCCUGUUUGGUUUUGUAAAAUUGUGGUCUCCGAAGUUACUGUCAGUCAAUGGCUGAGCCUUUACACCCUAAA